AUGGCCAGUGCCAAGGGUGUCACAAUGACUUCCGGCGGCGCUGGCGGUAAAGUACUUAAAGAGCAGGAGUUAUCACCAGUCGUAAACGAUUCAAACCAUCAGCACCCGCCAUGGCAAGAGAAUUUCGCAAUAUUCAGAACAUAUAAGUUGCCAUCCAUUCUGCCUAUCAACACUUUAUUGUUCUCAGAGGACGCUAGACUCUUAAUAUCUGGCGGAGAUGACGAGACGGUAUAUGUCUUGGACACAAAAACGGGGGAAUGCAUUCAAACUCUUGAGGAUGACAACUGGGGACAAAUCACCACAGUUGUCUGGGGACAACAGGAGUUACCCAACAGAGAAAACGGCGUUGUGUUAUGCAUUGGCACGGGGAGAGGGUGUUUGGCGUUGGUUGCGCUAGACUAUGAUGCCACCGAACCAUUCCCAGUAGGCGCGAACACAUCUCCUGUAUUUGCGUUCAAUGACUCUGUCGAGAAAAUGGCUUUCGACAAGCUCAACAAUCGAUUAGCCGUCACAAGUCACUCCGGUGAGAUCAAGGUUUUUGCAGUAAACAACAGUAAGUACUCUUCUUCCUUGAGGUUAUUGUGGGCCGAUAAUAUUGGCAAAGUGAUCACCAGCGGCCUAUUCUUUUUUGGGGGGUCGAAUCAAAGCCUCUUGACCAUCGGGUUGGAGACAUCGGAAAUGAAGUGCCUCGAUGCUUCAAAGAGAGGUCCGCCAUUAUGGACGAAACAUUUGAUUGGUGGGAUUGGAAGCGCGUCUCUGUCCAGCGAUGAAACGUUGCUUCUUGUAGACAACCUUGCUACCGGUAACUUCGACGUCUAUCAGAUCGCCGACAACUCCCCUCUUCGUUCCCUGCCAAUAGGCUCGACCCGUCGAUUUUCCAAGCAAUGCGCCUUCUUUGAAGGUUCGAAAAUAGCAGUUUGCGGCAGUGACACCAAUAAAGUUUUCAUUGUGGAUGUCGCAAACAACUAUGUUGUUCAGACACUGACAACAUGUCGAGGUACUUACAUGACACAAACGGUCUGUGUUACUCCAUCGUCAUCGCGCAACGUCUUUGUCGCCGCCGCAUGUCGUGGCUAUGUAUAUAUCUGGGAAAAAUCAACUCCUCAAGUCCAGGUAAAUGUUCGCGCAGAUGACCCUCCCCCUUCGAGGUACCGUCGCGUUGGAUCCGCUAUUUUGCCUUACCUGGGAUUUGCUGUCGCUGGUACUGUCGGCCAUUGGUUACCACACGCCUGGAAGUUGGGCCAAGACAUAAUCAUGAAGACUGCUGAUUAUCUCAUCCAGAAUGGCGCAGAUAGGACGAUGGAACUUCCAAGAGAAGCUGUUGACAAAAUCUUCGAGAUGGCGGCAGCGGCCUCGAGGGCUUUGGAUAUGUCGUCGGCACUGGUGUCGUCGAGGACUCUCGACAUGGCUGCUAUUGCUACAACAACAUACACGGCUGCUACUGCGACUGCUACGAUGACAUCCCCUUCUGCUACCUCUCUUUUUGACAUGGCAGCAGCAGCGGCUGGCCAUUAG